GAGCCUCCUCUUCCCCACACCAACCACCCCCAGCUCCCUCAGCCUCCCCUCAAUCUCUGCGGCUCUCCCCGAGGGGCUCAGCGCUGCCAGCGCGACCCCAAAUCCGUGCCUCAGAGCCCCCCAACCCCACAGCGCCCUGCCCAAAAUGGCGGCCGCGCCCCCUCAGCCUCUCCCCGGGCCCGGCAGGGGGAGCGCUGCCGCCGGCCGGCCGGGGGGGAGCCGCUCUGGGCUGCUCUCAGCGGCGAUGGAAGCGGCAAUGGAGCUGCCGCUGGGCUGCGAGUUCGCCGAGAGCCUUUUCUCUGGCGGCAGGGAGCGGGGAAAGGGCGGAGGGAGCGGGCAGCCCUACAGCGCCAAGCGCUGCGAGCCCCGGUGGUUCUGCGGCGAGACAGGCGGCGAGGAGGACGCCGAGAUCGUAACGGGCAAUAAAUUCCGGGCUGACCUGGCCUACAGGGAGCGGCACUUUGAGAAAUCUCUGCGGGAAUACUCCAGCUGCUUGCUGCUCUUACCUCCCGGUAACAUCGCCAUGAGGCGGGACGUCCAGGAGGGUCAGGCUCGGUGUUUGUCUCAACUAGGAAGGCACGAGGAGGCUCUGGAUAUCGCAGAAAAAAUGAGGAGCGGCGCUACUAACACGGAUCACUUAACGACUGUUCUCAGCCUGCAGCUUGCCAUUUAUCAGGGUCUGAAAAACGUCGAAAAAGAGCUGCUGUGCCUGCAGCAGCUGAUCUGCCUACAUCCCUUCAACCCUUGGUACUGGAAGUUACUUGCUGAAGCUUACACGAGCCUUUUAGGGAGUCUGUCUCCAUUACACGUUCCAGAAACAAACACAAAUCGCUCUGAGGAGGUUGGUGUCAGUGACAGCCACUCCAAAAUACCAACUGGAAGAGAGAUUCAUCUCCCAGGCAGCCAGAGGGAAGGCCUUUGGUCCGGCCUUGCCACAAAGAGCGAGGACACAGGGACUUGCAGCAGCAGCCAAGCUGAAAAUGAAACCCUCUGCGCUUCACACGCACCUGAGAGAAAGGACAAAGGGAAGGAGGGAGCCUCCGAGGCCUGGGAGCAGAGCGUGUCGAAGGAGGUUGGGAUAAAGGCAUGUGCCUCAUUUAUUAGAGCGAGGCUUUUACUGCAGCUUACUCAGUCGCAGCAGGCAUCCUUUGCUCUGGAGAGCAACUUAAGAAGUCAAAAAGAAAUUGAUGACAAAGUGACGCAGUUUGGUUUAACCCCGACCUCCUUGCUGCUGCUGAGCGAGGUUAUGGGGGCGGAUCUGAUACCGGAAAAGCUAAAAGAGGAAUUCCAAGGUGAGGUGAAAUGCAUAGGCUCCUCAGCACUGGCAUCGUUGGUAACUGCCUCGGCCUCAGAGUUUGAAACCAAGUGGUUCGGUGAGCUCCGGGAUGAUUUAUGCCACUCGGACAGACAGCUCUGUCAAGAUUCACAUAUCCCACCUCUGGCUACGUAAAAGUUUUGUUGUUUGUAUUACCACGUCUUCAAAUGCCUGUGGAAUGAUGCUUGCAAAAACGUUCGUAUUUUUUAAGAAUUCUUACUGUGUGUCUUUUAAGAAUGCAUAAAUCUCUGCAUUUAAACUCUUAA